AUGCCCCAGGGGGGAACCGGUACGAGACGUGCUGAAAUCGAUCUGGAAAAACACUUGAUGAGUAAACGUUCGGUGAUUAGGAUUCAGAAUAGGGAUAGUACUUGUUUGGCCAGGGCUUUGAUUGUUUCGAUUGCAAGAAUUGAAAAGGAUAGUAGGGAUCGUUUAAUACGAAGGUCGGAAAGACCACUUCAGGGACGUUUAGCAUGUGAAUUGCACGAAAAAGCGGGUGUACCAAUAGGUUCUUGUGGUAUAAGUGAGGUAAAGCAGUUUCAAGAGUAUUUGACUGAAUAUGAAAUAAAUAUUGUUUCCAAGGAGCACCAGGAUGCUAUUGUUUAUACGGGACCGUCGGAGAGAGAAAAAAAGAUUUAUUUGUAUUUACAUGAUAAUCAUUACGAUGUUAUUACAAGCAUGCCUGCUUUUUUUGCCAGAAAACGGUAUUGUCAUUCGUGCAAAAAACCGUAUGAUAAGUCAGUGGAUCAUAUGUGUCCGAAUGCAUGUCCAUGUUGUCGUUUUCCGGACUGUCCUAUUGUAGCUUGGUUACCGUGUACGGAUUGUAAUCGUAUGUUUAAGAGCCAGGAAUGUUUUGAUCGUCACAAACAAAAUAUAGGUCAUGAGCGUUCGGUCUGUGCGUCGUUGAUUAAGUGCUUGCAUUGUAAUAGUGUUGUGAAACGGGAAAGGGUGGGGUCCGACUUGCAUCACUGUGGACAGUACAAGUGUAAGACCUGCAAGGAGUAUGUGAACCCUGGAGACCAUCAGUGCUACAUGCAAACUGUAACGAAAGAGUCGAUGUCUGACAGCGAGGAAUUACUAGAGGACGGUGUACAUAAUGAUGCGUCUGAAAGCGGUUAUAAUGAAUUACUGUUCUUUGACUUUGAGUGUCAACAGGAAAGUGGUACGCAUGAACCAAACCUGUGUGUUGUUCAAAAUGAAGCCGGUGAUGAAUGGGUAUUCGAAGGUGAUAAUACGAGAAAUGAGUUUUGUGAGUGGCUGUUCACCAAGGAACACGCGGGAUGUAUUGUUAUAGCCCAUAAUUUUCAGGGAUACGAUGGGUAUUUCAUUCAACAGUACCUGCACGAAAACGGUAUUAUUCCUGAAGUUAUUAUGCGUGGUGCAAAGAUCCUAUCAAUGUAUGUACCUAUGCUUAAAGUCAAGUUUAUUGAUUCGCUGAGUUUUAUACCUAUGAGAUUGGCCGACUUUCCCAGGACCUUUGGUAUGGACGAGUUGGAAAAGGGCUACUUCCCCCACUUAUUUAAUAGGAGGGAAAAUCGCAAUUACAUUGGACCCCUUCCACCUACACCAUAUUAUUACCCCGAUGGAAUGAGUCCCCUGGACAGGGAAAAGUUUAUGGAAUGGCAUGAUAAUCUGGUAACAAGUAAUUAUGUAUUUAAUUUCCAAGAGGAAAUUCUGACGUACUGCCGCUCGGACGUGGAUAUUUUGCGUCGCUGUUGUCUUGAAUUUCGCGAAUUAUUCCGUGAUAUUACGAACAUUGAUCCGUUUGAGAAGUGUCUUACAAUUGCGUCAGCAUGCAACCUUGUGUUCCGAACGAAUUUCCUAAGAGAAAAUACCAUUGCUGUCCUACCAGCUCGUGGUUAUCAUCCAGGAACGAAACAAUCUAACAUAGCCUUGAAAUGGUUAUCGUAUACUGCCGAAAAGAACGACAUAUAUAUUCAACAUAAGCGCAAUGGCGGAGAGAAAACUGUUGGACACUAUUCAUUGGAUGGUUACAACGAAGAGACACGUACAGCUUACGAAUUUCACGGCUGCUUUUGGCACGGUAAGUGUUUCUUAUGUGUCGAAAGAGGAAACUAAUCGUGAUUUUUUUCUAGGGUCUUUUUUUUUUUUUUUUUUUUUCACGGCAGGGAAAGAAAAGGUACUUUUUCUAGCAAUUAUACGCUUUUUUUUUUUACAGGAUGUUUAACAUGUUAUGCCCGGGAUACUGUGAAUGGGGUAAAUGGAAAAACAAUGCAGGAUCUUUACCAGGCCACAGUACAAAAAACCGAGUACCUUAGGGAGCACGGUUUUAAUGUUAUUGAAAUGUGGGAAUGUGACAUCAAUCGUGAAUUAGGAUGUGAUGAAGACAUGCAGGUGUACUUUAAUGAUUAUGAUGUUACGGAUCCUUUGGAACCGCGUCAUGCAUUUUAUGGUGGUCGAACCAAUGCAACGAAACUCUUCCAUGAAUGCAAGGAUGAUGAGGAGAUAAGGUAUGUUUCGGGAAAUGUACACAGUAUAGGGGCGUAGGAUUGUGAAUAUGUUGGAUUUUUUUUUCAGGUACGCCGACUUUACCAGUUUGUAUCCAUGGUGCAAUAAAAUGACCAGGACUGUGAUUGGACACCCUCGUAUUAUCACUGAGAAUUUUGGUGAUCUUUCCACGUACUUUGGACUGAUUAAGUGUACUGUGUUGCCACCCCGAGGACUUUUUCAUCCCGUCCUUCCCUACCGUACCCGUGGUAAGUUAAUGUUUCCCCUGUGUAAAUCGUGUGCAGACGCGUGUGCCCAGGUCCCUUGUACCCAUACCGAGCGCGAAAGAGCCAUUCAGGGAACGUAGUGCAGUGUUGAAUUGGAAAAGGCCCUGGAAAAAGGUUAUACCAUUUUACGGAUGCACGAAGUGUGGCAUUUUCCAGAAACCUCCGACGAAUUAUUCAAGGAUUAUGUAAAUACCUUUCUAAAGAUCAAGCAAGAAUCGAGUGGGUAUCCUGGGAAUUGUGUCACUGAAGAACAAAAACAGCAGUACGUUGACGAAUACCUGAAUGUUGAGGGAAUACAACUGGACAGAGAAAACAUUGUGUACAAUCCUGGUAUGCGAGCACUGGCCAAAUUAAUGUUGAAUUCAUUUUGGGGUACGUAUACUGAUUACUGUGCACGCGAGCCACGCAAUAACUACCGUCCCUUAAUAGGCGUUUACAUUGCACCCUUUUUUUUUCUUCAGGUAAAUUCGCACAGAGAUCCAAUAUGACUAAGGUGGAAUUGGUUAAAGAUCCUAGGGUUUAUUUCGAUUACUUAACAUCGGACGAAAUCAAGGUUCUCAACGCAAGGUUCGUGAGUGAUGAAAUGGUGGAACUUCACUAUGAAUAUAACGAGAACUUUGUCGAAGCCGACGCAAAGACUAACGUGGUCAUUGCCGCGUUUACCACAGCGUACGCUCGUCUUAAGCUAUACGAAGUGCUCGAUCAGCUUCAGGAAAGAGUAUUGUACUACGACACGGAUUCGGUGAUAUUCGUAAGCAAGCCCGGCGAGUCAGAACCCCCGUUGGGUCCGUACCUUGGUCAGUUAACCAAUGAAUUGAAGGAGGGUUACAUUACCACCUUUAUUUCGGGCGGGCCGAAAAAUUACUGUUAUAAAACCAGCACGGGUAAAGUGGAAACGAAAGUACGGGGGAUUACCCUGAAUUGCUCGGCACAGCAAAAGGUAAACUUUGAUGUUAUUCGUUCAUUAGUGUACCUUCGUGCAAAGUGUAAUGUUACGGGAAAAGUUACAGUGGACAUUCCAUUGAAGAUAACCCGAAACGCAAGGGAAAAGAACAUUGAGACGAAACGCAUGAAGAAGGACUAUAAAAUAGUUUAUGAUAAACGUUUAAUUAUAGAUGAUUACAAAACACUACCUUAUGGGUACUAAUACUACGUUGUUUAUUACAGUUGAAAUAAAUGUUUUUUUUUACGGGGAAUCACCAAGUCCCAGUGCUAUUUGCUAAUGUUUAGUUUAUGAUAAUGAUCCAGGUUUACUCCCGUUUCCCUUUCCAAUGCCAGGACUUGCCCCUCGUUUUUUCUGUUCAGCUCCAUCAUCAUUAUUUCCUUGGCAUUCAUUCGGUAAGUAAAAUCAUUUCCCUGGGCAAUCUGGGGUACGGUUAUAGUCGUUAACGUUUCCAAUAGCACUUGUGUUAAUAGAAUGGAGUGCAACGUUAAAUUGUCAACAAGCGUUGACGGUAUCGUAUUCUCUCUUAUCAGAAGUUUUACUAAAUCCAGCGUUUCCAGAUUACAGUUCUGCAUUAUACAUUUAUCGGAGAGCCAACGAGUAAUGAUGUUUCUCCACGGCAUGCCUGCACCAAGUGAUAGUAAUAAGGGAAACGCACGGUGUUUUUUUUUAAUUCCAAAAGGAAAGGUACAAUAGAACAAACUGAUACCUGGUGAAUUCAGGUGUCUUUCGUAAAUUAUUUAAAAAAUCAAGGGUUGUCUGAUGAUUUUCAUUUAGGCGUCUAAAAUGUUCUGUUGUGCCCUUUAUGUAUUCCCGAUUCAUAACAAGAAGGACCUCGAACAGGUGAUCCCAGAGUAUUCCCUGUUCCAUGAUUUGUUUUAUAAUAUGUAAACCAUAUAUGGACCAUCCCUCCUUUUCGGACAGUCUCAGGUGCUUGCACAGCUUUUCGAUCCUGCGAACCAGAACACUUGUAAGUAUUACAUCCAUUAAGCAACACUGAUCUCGUACAGUAUCCACUGAUGGCCAUUCCUUUUCUACAAUAUGUCUAUACGACAUGUUUAUUCCGGGAUGAUAUGCACUAGCGGGCUUUUUUUCCUAACGAGGAAAAGUGUACGUUAUCGUGGUCCUGAACAAUUGAAGGAGAUGAUUAAGGUACAAUGUCUUUUUAUUUAUACAUUACAGUAAUUGAAAAGUCACGUGUUUUAAUGCCUGUCUGUGUUCGACGCAAAAAAUGGUUUUCCAGUCCUCCGGUGCAUACCUUAUCAAUUCGCAAUCAUGUACUUUCAUAUUGCCCAGACUCUUGGUAAAGGUUUCCAUCACCUUUACUUCAGAGACUCUAUCCAGGGCAGUAUCAAAAUAUAUGUAAAGCCGUUCGUCCUUUUCCAUUGUAACGCACUGAUGGUGUGUUUGCGACAAGUGUUGUGUUAUGCAUCCCUGACAGUUUUCAACAGUUAAUUGGGAAAUAGCGGCUGCAAUUUCCCUGGCAGAUGCCUCCAGAAGUUUCCUGAUAAGGCGUUUUUGGCGAUGAUAUAAAACAAGUUCCUUAUUAUCAAUGUCUAUAGGCUUUGACAUGCUUACCUCUAGGCUACCACGAGCUAAUGAAUGAAUUCUAGUGCGGAGAAUAAUCCUAUAUAACAGUGUGCAAGCCUGGAAAACCUUUUUUUAUGUCAGGGUACGCAUUAUGGGUCACUCUCAUAGCAAGUCCCCACGGUUAAACAAAAAUCAUAACAAACAGAAAAUGUUUAGAAUAGGCAUGAGUGUAGGACGAAAUGAUCUUAACCUCGAGGGACAUGCACAGAUGGGAUAUUGUAGUAAAACCGUUAAACACUACGAAAUACUUCAGGAGAGUAGCACUCAAGACGCUAAGUGCGUCGAAGAACCCCGGGAGAGUAGCGUUCAAAAUGCCGAAGAAUGACAUUUUCGCAUCAUUUUGCGUGUAAACAUGAACGACUACUUAUCGAGCGUCUAUUACAAUCCAAAACGAUCCGGAGGACUUGGUGGUGUGGAACGCCUGUAUAGGGACGUAAGAAAGGAAGGCAAAUUUACUAUAAGCCGGAAACAAAUUAAGGAAUGGCUAAUGAAACAGGACACAUACACAUUACAUAAGCCUAUACAUCGUCAUUUCAGGCGAAACCGUGUCAUUGUAGGAGGUAUUGAUCAACAAUGGCAGAUGGAUUUGGCCGAUAUGCAGUCCAUACGAAAGUUUAACGAUGGAUACCGUUACCUGCUGGUAUGCAUUGACGUGUUUUCCAAAUAUGCAUGGGUCAUCCCCCUAAAGGACAAAACGGGUCCCACACUUGUUAAGGCAUUCAGGGGGUAUUUUACUAUCCGGACGCAAACCGGAAAAGAUUAUGACAGAUCAGGGAACAGAAUUUCUAAACAAGCACUUCCGGGCACUGAUGAAGGAAGAAGACAUUGAAUUGUACAAUACGUAUAACGAAACGAAAGCUUCUAUUGUGGAACGUCUGAUUCGUACCCUGAAGACGAGGAUGUGGCGUUACUUUACGGCCCAGAAAACCAUGCGUUAUCUAAACAUGUUACCUGACAUGGUUUAUUCCUAUAACCACAGCGUACACAGGAGUAUCAAAAUGAAACCCUCGGAUGUUACUACCGACAACGAAAGAAAGGUGUGGCACACCCUAUACCCUGAUCACGAAAUACGGAAAACUGUCAGUUACAAGUUUAAAAUAGGCGAUCAGGUACGAAUCAGUAAGAUGAAACGGACGUUCGAAAAGGGGUACCUACCGAAUUUCUCAAGGGAAAUAUUUAUCAUAAGUAAGCGGGUACCCCGCAACCCUCCAGUGUAUAAGCUAAAGGAUCUGGACGGUGAGGAAUUAAAGGGUACAUUUUAUGAAAAGGAACUACAGCAGAUUAUUAAAAGGGAUGAUGUGUACGAAGUGGAAAAAAUCCUAAAAAGGCGCGGAAGGGGCAAAAACGCUUAUUACCUGGUAAAGUGGUUGGGAUAUCCCAGCAAGUUCAAUUCGUGGAUAUCUGCGUCCCAGAUGAAAAGGGCAUAGGGAUUGCACGUUUCCGUUACUUGUCUAUUACUCUCGUUAUGAGCGGACCGCACUUUUACCUCACGCUCCCUAGCAAUGCGUCCCUGGACGUUUUUCCCGAUAAUAAAACAACCGAAUAUCGUGUACAGUUACCACAGUCAUCUGACCUGGAAGGUGACUGGGAAACUGGGGUGUAUUCCAUUUCUUAUCCCCAUACAUGGUAUACUCUGCGGAAUGUUACUGACGAUUUAUACUUUUAUUACAACGAUGGUAUCGGAAACAAUGGCAAGGGGUUUUUCCUUGCGGCAUUUGCCGAUUAUGGACACUAUGAAACUGUACAAGAACUUCUCAAGAACAUGAAUGCCUCUUUAAAAAAAUAUGUAGGCAAUGACAGCAUAAACUUAACGUACAGUACUCGAACAGGAAAGGUGACAGUCCACUUGGGAACCAACUGCAAGAUUGGUUUAUUUGGGCAAUUGUCCCUUAUCCUGGGAUACGGUGGAAAGACGGUAACAAUUGACACAACGGGCGAGAGUCCUCACGUAGCAAACCUGUCCAUUUUCUCGUCUAUAUUCAUUUAUUGCAAUAUUGUACAAGCUCAGGUGGUCGGGGAUGUUAAUGCAAGACUAAUCAAAUCCGUUCCCGUUGAAGGAACAUAUGGCAGUACUAUCACGAGGACGUUUACAAACAUACAGUACGUACCUCUUGAAACGAAAUCAUUCGAGGAUGUAAAGAUUGUUUUAAGGACCGAUACAGGUGACCCCGUACCAUUUGAACAAGGGAAGGUCGUGGUAACACUUCACUUCCGGAAGCAUACUUAUUUCACCUAAAAAGAAUGAAUAAUCCGUACGUACGUUAUUACUUGGAUCAGCAGCAGGGGUAUGGAAUGCCCGUUUUCCAUGGUAGCCCCUGGCAGGCCGGAUACGGGAACCAAACAGGAUACGGUCUGGGGAGUAUGUUUCGUAGUCUAUCACGAGCAGCCGUACCACUCCUAAAAAAAGGGAUAAGAACGGUCGCACCUCUUGCCAAAAAGGGAGCAAAAAUCCUCGGGGAUAUUGCCAUGCAAAGUGGAACCAACUUCCUCGGCGAUGUUCUUACAGGAAAAAACGUUAAGGCAGCAGCAAAAGCACGAGCAAUGGAAGCCGCGAAUACGGCCAAGGGAAAAGCCAUGGAUACAUUACGAGGCCAGGCAGGUAGUGGAAGGCGAAGACGUCGUUCCAAGAGUGUGAAACGAGCCGGUAAAAAGAGAAGGACCUCCGUAUCAACCGCCAGACGUAGCCAGAGCAGAAAGCGAACAGUACGUAAAAAGAGAAAGGCACCGGCAUCCUCCACCAGACGCAAGCAAGCCAAGAGAAGGAAAGCAGCUCAGGAUAUAUUCGGUUAAACAGCAUGAUGCAUUUAGUACAUUCCGGAUCGCAAGAGUGUACAAAAAGCGAACUAGAUCUAUUCUCCGUGCCUCCAACACAGAUCAGUUUAGAAAAGGGACAUUGGAUUGAUCACCAACCCAUUGCCAGUCUUGCCGAUGGUGGUGCCAUUACGUUCCUAUCCCCAGGCACCGAAGAUUACGUGGACCUUGCCAGGACAAUCCUUGUAAUCAGGGCAAAGGUGACAAAAGCCGACGGUACAAAUCUUGGUGCAGACGAAAAGGUACGUUUCCCCUGCAUGAAUCGUACUUUCCCUUCGUACACUCAUUUCCCUUUUCCUCCCUAGGUGGGUAUUGUAAAUAACUUCUUGCACAGUCUUUUCAAACAAGUCGACGUCUUCCUGAGCGGAAAACAGGUUACGCAAGCAACCAGUACCUAUGCAUAUCGUGCCUACCUGGAAACCCUCCUUAAUUAUGGUCCUGCCGCAAAAAGUUCCCAACUUACCACUGCCUUAUACUACAAGGAUACAGCAGGAAAAAUGGACGCCGCAGAUCCCACCCUGGGUAAUGAUCAUAAUCCUAACCUUGGUCUCAGGCGGCGGUACGUUUUUAGUAAACUGAGCAAUACUAUCGAAAUGACAGGUCCCCUCUUCAGUGAUAUAUUCAUGUCCGAGCGCCUCCUCCUGAGUUAUGUCGAUUUGAAAGUUGUUCUCAACAGAAGCAGCAAUGCAUUCUGUCUGAUGGCUUCCGAGGAUAACAGUGAUUUCCGCGUACACCUAACAGAUGCUUACCUGAAAGUGCGCAAGGUGAAGGUUAAUCCUAGUAUUGCAAUCGCUCAUGAAACUGCACUCAAGAAAGGACCGGCUAUUUAUCCCGUUCGUCGUGUAGAAUGCAAAACCUUUACGGUUCCAGGAGGAAACCCAUCCCUUCACAAAGAUAACUGUUUUAACGGGCUUGUACCAAGAACGCUUGUUUUUGGAUUAGUUGACGGUGAUGCCUUUACAGGUAACCCUAAGAAAAAUCCGUUCAACUUCAAACAUUUUAGCGUGUCUUCCCUUGCAAUAACAGUCAAUGGAGAGGAGGUGCCCUUCAAACCCAUGAAACUUGCCUUUGGUAACGCACCCCGAUACGUGGAGGCCUACGCCACCAUGUUUUCUGGCACGGGAAAAAUGUAUCAUAAUACCGGAACCGAUAUAACACGAAGCGAAUUUGCCACGGUUACGCCGUAUACGCUUUUGAUUUAACACCAGACAUGUGCGGUGCUUCUAGAGUCAUUUUAACGUUGUACAAAAGGGAAACCUUGCCAUUGACAUCCAAUUCUCGGCAGCACCCGGAGCCGCAGCAAGUCUUGUGUGCUAUGGGGAAUUUGAAAACACUAUUCACAUUGAUUCCGAAAGAAACGUUAUCUACGACUACUCUGGAUGAAUACUUAUCAGAUCACACGUGCCCUAAAACACGAUCCCGUAACCAGUAAAAAGUUCUGUGGUGUAUUUCCCAGCGAUAAAUUACCCCGGACCAUUGAAAAGUACCCGUGCGGAUUCGUCGCAAACACUGAUCCCAGCAGCAAACCCGGAACACAUUGGGUUGCCUUCUACUUUCCUUCGGAAGGAAAGGCGGAAUUUUUUGAUAGCUAUGGUCAUACGCCCGGAUAUUAUACAAGGUCAUUUGGAAACUUCCUCAAAUUACACACAUGGACCUUUAAUAGACGUAAACUACAAAGUAGUUGGUCCGACGUGUGUGGGCAGUACUGUAUAUUUUACCUUAGCCAUAGGGCAAGGGGUUCUAGUUUAAACCGUAUUGUACACUUAUUUAACAGUGAUACAACUUCAAACGAUAUUAAGGUGUCAACAUUUGUUAAACAACACUUUAAAAUAGUACCAAAACAUUCUAAUGUUAAUAAUCAGUCUAGCAAAAAAAUGUUAAUUAACUUGUAAAAAAAUAUUCUUAAUAAAUACUUUACAACAACUCAGUGCUACUCUUUUUUUUCUGUUCUGCGCAUAUACCGUAUGCGGACCACACGUUUUUACAUCUUAUAAACCCCAGAUCCUGUCAAUUGUGUUAAUCGAUACAAAUCUCACGUGUACGCACUCUAUUCGAACAACAUAUAAUUUUUUACGAUGGUUUUUUCCAAAACCGUCACAUGAAAAAAACACUCUUAUGUUAUCUCUAGCGAACGUCGCACAAACGGUCAGCUUUCGUAACCCUCUGCGCACGUACCGCAUGCCAUCCGCAUACUUUUUAACAUUAUAAGUGAAGAUGUCAUUUUUUUCUUACUGCAAUAGUUUGCAACCAUUUCAUUAGUGCAGCGUCGUCUUCUGUAAGAAAUAACGAAUUUUUGGACGGUUCCUUUGAACCGUCAGAAAAUCAUACAAAAAUUAAUCCCCUUUUUCUACAAAAAAAAACUUUUAUUCAAACACACUGAAUCAGUUACAGUUAUUUCCCUAGUAAUUAAGCCAGUUCCUUCGUACUGGUGUAUUCAAGCGUUCCCGUAUAUUCUGGCGAAAACGUGCUGACCUCUCCUCCGGUGUCUCCUCCCCGGGUACAGGAGGUGUUCUAUUAGGACCAGGUUGCCCCAGUUCCUCCCAUCUCUUCCUGUUACCAGCAAUGUCACGGGGCACGUUCAGUUUGGCCAGUCCCUGAAAAAACUGCCGUGCACCCGUGGGAUUAAACGCUUUCCUCUCCCUCACGGCAUCACUAACCAAAUCGGAUAUAUUCGAAUUCGCAAUCUCGGUACCAUCCACUUUCACCUUUCCAGAAUCGUUCCACGAAAUAACAUCCGGAUUUGCCCUCAAGCGCUUCAGUAAGGCCGCAGCCCUCGGGCGCAACGUUACGGGCAAGUGAGCAAUUACAUUUUCGUCACGCACAGGUUCCGCCUGUACUUUCGGUACUUCCGUCAUCCUCACUACUGGUAUCUGAUCAUCUUUCUGUUUCCUAAGGUUAAGGUAAUCUUCCAUCCUUGCAUUGUAAAGUUUCAGCUUUUCCGCAUCCGUUAGGUUUUCAUCCUCAAGGAUUCCGGACAUGUCCGCAUCCUCUUGCAUCAUAUUCCUCACAAGGGGAGACGUUUCAAUUUUCUGUUUUCGUUCAUACCGCCCCAAUACGUCCUCGGGGACAAGUACCAUCCGUUUCGUGCGCUUCAUAGUAAUAGACUUCCGAGUACUCCCAGCACGGGGGGUAAAAGGUCCGUCAGUAUAUUACCACCCUUUUGAUUAAGUCGCUGUAUUUUUCGUUUCCGCGAUACCUUCUUACUCGCCAGGUCACGGAG